GAGAAGGGAGGUGGCAGCGGCCAGUCACUACUGGACAGUACUCAGGCCGGAGGGCUGUCGUACUCGGCGCUUACCUUUGACCUCUCCCUGCUCGCUUCCAGCCUUUAUUUGUGACCCUAGGCUCUUUGGGGCUGUUUCGACCCAGCUAGCCAGACUCCGGACCAAACCAUGUUCCCGGUGAAGGUGAAAGUGGAAAAAUCAGUACCGGAGAUUGAACUGAGGACCUUGCACUGGCCAGGCAAGAAUUAGAGAUGGCCAAAGCCCGGAACCAGCUGGAUGCUGUUCUGCAGUGUCUUCUUGAGAAGAGUCACAUGGACAGGGAGCGUCUGGAUGAGGAAGCUGGGAAAACCCCCUCUGAUACCCACAACAAGGAUUGCUCCAUCGCAGCCACUGGCAAAAGGCCGUCUGCCCGCUUCCCCCACCAGCGGAGGAAGAAGAGGAGGGAGAUGGAUGAUGGGCUGGCUGAGGGAGGGCCUCAGCGAUCCAACACAUAUGUGAUCAAACUGUUUGACCGGAGUGUGGACUUGGCCCAGUUCAGUGAGAACACACCACUGUACCCAAUCUGCCGAGCUUGGAUGCGCAAUAGCCCCUCGGUUCGCGAGCAUGAGCGCUCACCCGCCUCACCACUGCCACCACUGCCUGAGGAUGAGGAGGGUUCUGAGAUUACCAACAAUAAGAGUCGUGAUGUGUACAAGUUGCCUCCACCUACAGCCCCUGGGCCACCUGGAGAUGCCUGCAGGUCCCGCAUUCCAUCCCCCCUGCAACCUGAGACCCAGGGCACCCCCGACGAUGAGCCCUCAGAACCUGAUCCUUCACCCUCCAUACUGAUCUAUUGGAACAUGCAGCGCUGGAAACGCAUUCGCCAGAGGUGGAAGGAGGCAUCUCAUCGGAACCAGCUUCGUUACUCAGAAAGCAUGAAGAUUCUCCGGGAGAUGUAUGAUCGACAGUGAUAUUCCCAGGUCCCCCACCCCAGUAAACAUCCUCCAACCUCA